UUAACCUAUGUAACAAUGUAUAGCGCUUAAUGUAUUGCUACUUAUGUAUUCUUUUAAAUAUUUGCGUUUAGUUUUUUAAAUCAUAAUUCAAAUAAAGUAAUUAGUAUCUAUAAUAAAUAUGGAUUAGUACUUAUAUUUAUGUUUGAUAUAAUUAUGAGUUAUGUGAAAAACUUGAGUAUCUGUAUUAUAAACUCAAUCAUGACAAUAGAUAAUGUAGUGUUAUUGAUAAAAUUUUUCGAUUUGUCAUAAUUAGUAAAUAAAAAAAAAAAAAAAUACAAUGAUCCUGUGUUAUGAAGGAAAAGUUGGUUUAGGUAGUUUUAUUACUUCUUUAAUUAUUGCAACAUUACCAGAAAUUCUCUUAUGGAUUGAAUUCAGCUGUUAUAUUCAUCAACUUCUGGUAAAUGUUUGGUUGAUUCAUCUAUUCCAAUAUGGAUUUCUAAACUUGUUGAUAUUUCUUACCUUCAAAGGACUUCUAUACCAAGUAGCCGUAAGAUCAGCAUUUAUUGGUUAUAUUUUCGGAGUCGGACUCCUAAUUUUCAUAUUAGCUCCACUGUCAUGGAGAUGUUUUGGAAUUUAUAUCACCGUUCUUUCGUUUUUUCACUUCUCUGAAUUCUUCACAAUUGCAUGGACUAACCCGAAAGCAGUAUCAAUUGAUAGUUUCAUUCUAAAUCAUAGUUUAGCCUAUAAUACAGCGGCAUGCUCUAGUUGGAUUGAAUAUUUUCUGGAACGAUAUUACUAUCCUCAACUAAAGUCACCCGAUUUUAUUUCCUACAUCGGUUUGGCAAUAUGUAUCUGCGGAGAAAUAGUUAGAAAACUAGCUAUGUUUACGGCUAGAGAUAAUUUUAAUCAUCUUGUACAAAUGGAAAAAUCUAAAACUCAUCAGUUAGUCACUAAUGGAGUGUAUAAAUUCGUCAGACAUCCAAGUUAUGUUGGGUGGUUUUAUUGGUCGAUUGGUACUCAGCUUAUACUGAAGAAUCCCGUCUGUUUGCUGGCAUAUGCUGUCGCAUCGUGGCAAUUUUUUUAUAAUCGCGUAAUUCUGGAAGAAAUCACAUUAUUAAGAUUUUUCGGAGAAGAUUACGUAAAAUAUCAAGAAAAUGUUGGAACGGGAUUACCAUUUAUCUCAGGAUACAAACUAAACACGUAAUAGUUUAAAAUAAAUUCAUUUUUGCUAUGCAAAACGUCAUCAAAGAAAUACCUCUGUACUUUUUUCAAAUUAUUAAUUGUAUAAAUUUUUUGAAGCUCCAAGAUUUUUAAUAGUAUAUCCUAAUAGUCAAAAGUAAUUAUUUAUUUAUUGUUAUAUAUUAUGAUGCUAAUUGUUAUAUCAAGCAAAUAUCAAUACUAGUACUUUGAAUUUCUAAUAGAGA